AUGGCUAAGAAAUCUGUCAAAUUAGCGCCGUCGGCAACGGACAAAACAACAGAACUCCGCAUACAGACCGGACCUAAGCGCCAGUACCUGCUUUCGACUCUGACGCCCGAAACGCUGGCCAAUCGGCGAGUUAUUUCGAGCUCUGAAAAGGGCCUUGUCUUGUUGUUGGCCGUGUUUGCAAGCGUGCUUCGUCUGCGACACCUCAAUUUCCCCGAUUCCGUGGUGUUCGACGAGGUCCACUUCGGCGGGUUCGCCAGAAAGUACAUCCUCGGCAAGUUUUUCAUGGACGUCCAUCCUCCUCUUGCCAAGCUGUUAUUUGCGGCAGUGGGUGCUUUGGGAGGAUUCAACGGCAAGUUUGAGUUCGCCAAGAUCGGCGACGUGUUCCCUUCCAACGUUCCAUACGUUCUCAUGAGACAGCUUAGUGCCGUCUUGAGUGUCGGAACCGUUGUCUUGUUGUACCUGACUCUCAGAACAACCGGUGCCAAACCAAUCGUGGCUUUUCUGUCGUCCGCAUUGCUUGUGCUGGAAAACGCAAACGUGACAAUCUCCCGUUUCGUGUUGCUGGACUCCCCGCUGCUGUUCUUCAUUGCUGCCACAGCCUACUCUGCCUCCAAGCUCAACAUAGAAACUCCUCUCUCUUGGAACUGGUGGAAAUCGCUCGUCUUGACAGGCACGUGUUUGGGAUUCGCCUGCUCGUCCAAAUGGGUCGGUCUGUUCACCCUCGUUUGGGUCGGCGCCGCCACGGCCAUCAAGUUCUGGUUCUCCGUUGGCGAUCUGCAACAAUCUCCAAAAUCCAUCGUCAAGCAGAACAUUAUCAAAUUUGUGACACUUUUGGUCAUUCCAGCCAUCAUUUACUUGAUCUCGUUCCAGGUCCAUCUGUCCUUGCUGGACCAGGAAGGUGACGGAGCAGCCUUCCUCUCGUCUGCGUUCAGAACCUCCUUCAAAGACACAACCGUGCCUAAGUCCACUUUGGCAGACGUGGGAGUCGGCUCCGUCGUCACCCUGAAACACGUCGAGACCAACGGCGGCUACCUCCACUCUCACAACUCUCUCUACGAGGGAGGAUCCGGCCAGCAACAAGUGACUUUGUAUCCACAUCUCGACGCAAACAACAAAUGGCGUAUCGAGCUCUACAACGUGUCGGAGCCACCAACCUCGUUCGAGCCAAUCCUCGACGGAACAAAAAUCAGACUCUACCAUACCCUGACCCACAGACGUCUGCAUUCCCACGAUAUCCGUCCUUCUGUGUCGGAGAUCGAUUGGCAGAACGAGGCUUCGUGUUACGGCUACGAAGGUUUCGAAGGAGAUCCAAACGACGACUUUGUUGUGGAGAUCGCCAGGGACCUAUCUGUUCCUGGAGAUGCCCAGGACACCGUCAAGGCAAUAGACACCAUUUUCCGUCUCAGACACGCCAUGACCGGUUGCUACCUGUUCUCGCACGAGACCAAGCUGCCAAAAUGGGGAUUCGAGCAACAGGAAGUCACCUGUGCCGGCCAAGGUAUCAAGCCUCUGUCGUACUGGUACAUUGAGCAAAACGAGAACGAGUUCUUGGACCCUGCUGUGGCCGAAAAGGUCUCCUACAAGGACCUCACGUUUUUCCAGAAAGUCAAGGAACUACACAAGAUCAUGUGGAAGAUCAACAAGGGACUCAAAGCUCCUCACGUUUUCGAGUCCAGACCAGAGUCCUGGCCAUUCCUCCAAAGAGGUAUUUCCUACUGGAAGGAAGGAGACAGACAAGUGUAUCUUUUGGGCAACCCUGUUGUUUGGUGGCUGUCGUCUUUCCUGUUUGUUCCUUUCGGAUUCUUCAUUGCCUGGAACGUCUUGAAAUGGCAACUGGGCUACACUCUGCCUCAGAACCCUGCUGUGUUUAACUACGCUCUCAACACCGCCAUCUUCUUGGUCGGCUGGUUCAUCCAUUACUACCCUUCGUUCCUCAUGGAUAGACAAAUGUUUCUCCACCACUACCUGCCGGCCCUCUACUUUGGAAUUCUCACCUUGGGCCAGACAUUGGAGGUGAUCUACUCGGGCGUUUUCCCAAGAAGAAAGUACGUGGCUCUGGCUCUGUUUGUGGCCAUCUUUAGCCUGGCAGCUUACAACUUUGUGCAAAGAACCGCCAUCGUCUACGGCUCAUCGUGGGACCAGACAGCCUGCGCCGAGUCCAAGAUGCUCAAUUGGGACUACGAUUGCGGAAUAUACCCAAUCGCAGGCUCUCCAGAGAGUUUUACUCCAAAAGACGAAUUGUAG